UAGCAAAUUUACAACACACUUUCUCCUGCAUACCAAAAACUCUAUUUCAUCCUUAGCUUUAUAUCUCCUAAACAUGUCUAACAAGUGCGGCAACUGCGACUGUGCUGACGUUAGCCAGUGCGUGAGGAAGGAAAGCCAAUAUGAUCUCGUCAUCGUCGAGAGGAGCGAGACCGUGGUGAUGAACGUUGGAGCGGCGGAGCAUGAUGGGAAAUGCAAGUGCGGCAGCAGCUGCGCCUGUGUGAACUGCACUUGUGGUCAUUAAGCCCUACAAAUUGCACAACAAUAAAUUAUGAAGUGUUAAAUGAAUAACAGUACUUUGUUAUCGGGUGUUGAAAUAAACUUCUUGUGCUAAAGUCGUAAUAGUUGCCAAAAAAAAAUUGAGUCAGUAUAUCUGUCUCUUUGGUCAAGUUUGUAGCACAACUUUUCAUUGUUAAAUAGACUAUUACUUAUUAUAGUACA